AUGAUUAAAGCCAAACCUCUACUCACUAAAUAUGAACUUGUUAUUAAAGGAAUUAAAAAGUACUCUAAAUGGAAUAAACAACGAGAAAAUCUUGAUGAAUGUGUUCAAAUAUUAAUCACAUCCACUAACCCAAAAGUUGAUAUUCUUCAACGUUCUGAUAAGUGUAUUGAACCAUUAAUUGUUUUACUUACAUUCUCUUCUUCAUUAGACUUAACACUAUUACAAUUACUUCAAAUGCUUUCAAUGGAAGAAUUAAUUCCUCUUACUCUUCAUGACCAUCUCUUUAUAAAAUUACAACAAAUGAUUUCAAAUGAAACUAUAAAUGCUAAAAUUGUUCAAAUCACUUCAUCACUUUUAACUACUCCAUUACUUGCUUCUCUUCCUAUUACUGCAUUAUAUAAUGGAUUAACUACUUUGUCUUUAGCUGCUACAACACCAAUGCUUCUCUCAUCUCUUUUCUCUGUUUUAUCAUAUAUUUCCACAACAGCAUCUGCUCUUUAUCCUUCAUAUAUUCCACAAUUAGCUAAAACAUCAAUCAGUCAUCAAGAAGCAAAUCGUAUGAUUGAUCUUAAUAAGAAUUAUUUAGGACAACCUUUAAUUGAACCAACUGAGCCAUUAGUAUCAACUCUUUCAAAAUAUAUAAGUGAUCUUUGUUUAUCACCACAAUAUGCUAACUUAAGAACACACCAAUUUGAUUGUUUAUUUCCAAUUCUAUCAAAUGCACCAAAUUUAUUUUUCCAAAUUAAACCAUUAUAUACUCUUCUUCUUCAAGUAUUGAUUCCACAACUUCCUGUUAUUAUUAAUUCUACAUUACAAUAUCAUUCUACAUUUCUAGUAUAUUUUUCUACAUUUCCUGGAUAUCCAUAUUUUAUUUCAUUACAUCUGUUUGAAUCUACAAAUUGUAUUUUAUCAUUAUUCUAUCAAUUUUUCUCAACAAAUCAAUCAUCUUUUGUUUUAAAUACUCAUUUCUAUCCUUUGAUUAUUUCAUUUUUGAAAUAUGGAGUAACAACAGCACAACCUACUUCAAUAGAACAUAUUUCAUCCCCACAAAAUCUUCAAGAAUUAUCAUAUUUUUGCUUCUUUUUAUUAGUAUCUCAUAUGGUUACUGUAUCAUUUGAUUUAUCAAAUGAAAUUAUUAAAUUAACACUUAAUACACUCACAAGAUUUGGUAAUUCAUCUGAUUCAUUGGUUUGUGUGGAAAAGAUGAUGAGGGUUAUGGUCAAUAGAGGUUAUUCUAUUUGCCAACUAUUAGAACUUGCAGGGAAAACUAAAAAUGGAUGGGGAGCAGUAAUUAAUGCAAUUGAAUUAAGUCCUAAAUUUAAACAUGAAGAAUGGAAGUGUAUUUGGAAGAUGGUUGAACAAGAUCAUUGGAUGACUAUUUGUAAAUGUACAAAGUAUCUUAAAGAAGUACAAUUUAUUGAAUGUGUUAAAGAACUUAUUCCAAUAAUGAAUACAUUAUAUUAUUAUAAUGAAUUAAUUGAUAUUUAUGAAGAAAAUAUAGAUAGAAUCAAUAUUAUUCAUUCAUUAUGUAAAAAUAAUUUAAAAAAUGGAUUGUUAGAAGAUAUUUCAAUAGCUGAGAGGAUUGGAGGAAUGAUUUUUAGUAUAUUAGGACAAAUAGAUAAUUAUGAAAAUAAAGAACAACAACAUGAAUUAAUAACACUUAUUUUUAUAUUUAUUAAUGAAUGUAUUGAAGAUAAAAAAUGUAGAGAGAAACAACUUGAUAUUAUUCUUAAUUCUCUUGAAAUAUUAUCUGAAACUACAUUACCUCUUUCUGAACAUAUUGAUGAAUUAAUCCCAAUAUUUAAUAUUUUUGCAAAUUCAUCACAACAAAUUGUGUCACAUAGUUUCAAUAUUUUUAAGCAAUUUGUAUUGUCAAUUAAUCCAACACAAAUUCCAAUAAAUAUUAUUUAUCAAUAUAUUACUCAAACAUCUGAUAUUAAUAUGUCAUUAAGUGCAAUUCAAUUAUUAUCUGAUAUUAUUAUUCAAUUAAAAGAUUCUACUGAAUAUUUAUCUCUCUCUUUAACUAUUUUAAAACAAUUUUAUUUAUGUCUAAAAGAUAAAAGAUAUGAUAUUUGGAGUUCAGCACUACAAACACUUACACAAUCUAUUGCAUGUGAAGGAGAGAUGUUAACAAAAUGUAUUGACCAAUUACUUCAAGAUAUCUUAUUUCCAGUGUUUGAUGAAAUGAAACAGAUUUAUAUUAAACUUACACAAUCAGAACUUCCUAAAGAACAUACAAAAGUAUUACUUUAUAUGUCUCCUUUAAUUAGACAAUGGAAUGAUAAUAUUUGUAUUCUUGUUGGUGGACUAACUAGAAUAUUAAAAUAUAUUCUUCCAUCUGUAUCAUCAAAUUUAAAAGAAGAAUUAUAUAAACAACUUAUUGGUGUAACUGAUAUGGCAUUAUAUAAUCCAGGAAUGCUUACAUGUGAAAUGAUAUUAAAAUAUAAUUAUUCACUUCUAACACAAUCAGUAAAUGAAGGAGGAGAGAUAUACAAGAAUGUAUUUACAACUUAUAUUUCAAUUGGUAAUUUCAUUUCAAAAAAUAAUGGAGUAAAUACAACUAUUUCUAAAUUCUAUUUAACUACUUCAGAGAAGUUACUUCAAGAUCAUCUUAUUGAAGAUGUUGUAUUUUCUGUUAUUCAAUAUGUUUCUGUAUUUCCUGAUGAUUUCAGUAUUGAACCAAAUGGAUUAAGUACUUGUCAACAAUUAGUAUUUACUUUGAUUGACUAUACUCUUUUAAAACAUAAGAAUUAUCAAAGAUUAUAUGUAAGUUGUUUGUGUAAAAUGAUUGGUUGUUUAAUUAGUGAAUUUAAUGAAAGAGCACAAACAUGUGCUUAUCAUUGCAUUACUCAAAUUUAUAAUAGAUUAGGAAGUAGUAUAAAUGAAGAAAUUAUAAAUCAAAUAGAUAUUGAAGAGCUUAAAUUAAAUAUUUUAAAAUCCAAAUCUACAUUAUUAGCAAUAGCAAGAAGAGAUGAUAAUAAUCAAUAUUAUCAAGAAAUUAUGAAUAAUAUUAAUAAGAUUAUUUAUUAUAUUGGAAUGGCUGGAAUAGAUUGUUAUUAUGACUUUUAUAUUAAUAUGUACACAUUCAAGGAUUAUAAAAACUUAAACAACAUAAUCUAUCAACCAUAUCAAAGUGCAAUUAAUUAUGCAUAUGAAAUUAUAAUACAUGGAAAACAAUUAAAAAAUGAGAAUAAUAUUGUUUCUGAUUGUUUAUUAGACAUUCAAUAUAAUGGUUAUUAUGAUAAUUUAUCUUAUUGGAAACAAAAGAUAAUGCUAUCAUUAACCCAAAUGGAAACUCCAGUUGGGGAAUAUAGCCAAAAUGAACUUGUUAAUACAAUAAUAAAAGAAUUAGAAAGAAUUAAAACAAUAGUAGAGAUGAGUGAUGAAAGUCUAGAGUAUGUUAGAAUGGAAUGUCUUGAUUUUAUGAAUCUUCUCAAAGAAUUAAUCAAAACAAAUAAAAAUCAAUUAGAUAAAAAGAAAAUUUUCAUUGCAAUGUUGCCAUUUAUUCCAUCAGAUAAUUCUGAUAUAAGAAAUCAUGUUUUAGAUAUUUUAGACUUAUUAACACCUUCAAUUGGAUUUAAAUAA